CUAUUAUUAGAGCUUCUGUGAGGGAGAGACAUUUUCUCUUCGAAACUCGCGGCUUGCUCUACAACAGAGAUCCUUCUUUGGAGCUUCUUCGAAAGAUAAAGGAAAAUGGGGCUUAAUUUCACAAAGUUGUUCAGCCGGCUUUUUGCCAAGAAAGAAAUGAGGAUUCUGAUGGUAGGUCUUGAUGCUGCUGGUAAGACCACUAUUCUCUACAAGCUGAAGCUUGGCGAAAUCGUCACUACCAUUCCGACCAUCGGAUUCAACGUGGAGACUGUUGAAUACAAGAACAUCAGCUUCACUGUUUGGGAUGUGGGGGGUCAGGACAAGAUUCGUCCCCUGUGGAGGCACUACUUCCAGAACACACAAGGUCUUAUCUUUGUGGUUGAUAGCAACGACAGGGACCGAGUUGUGGAGGCGAGAGAUGAAUUACAUCGCAUGUUAAAUGAGGAUGAACUGAGGGAUGCUGUCCUUCUUGUGUUUGCAAACAAACAAGAUCUUCCCAACGCAAUGAAUGCUGCAGAAAUAACUGACAAGCUUGGACUUCACUCUCUUCGCCAACGCCAUUGGUACAUCCAAAGCACCUGUGCCACAUCUGGAGAAGGUCUUUAUGAAGGCCUUGAUUGGCUCUCCAACAACAUCGCUAGCAAGGCAUGAUGAAGCUGCUGGAACACUUUUUGCACUUGGAAGAGACCAUUAGUGAUUGUGGAGAAGAAAGAAGUAUUAUAUCUGACUUUACAACGGUUUAUAGCAUCCGUUGAUGUUUGUGUCAUUGCGUGUGUGUGUUGAACAUGUUAAAAAUGGAUUUUGUGAUAGUUUUUACUUUUACCGUUUUGUUUGCUUCUAAACUUAUGGAAACACUCUUCGUAAGCAGUAGACAUGUUACCUUUUUCUC